AUGCAGAUCCCAUCUACAGAGUCUGCUCGUGCCAUGGCACAAGAAGUCCUCAGGGCCCACCUUUGUCAGCGCUAUCACGAUCUCGCCUCCUGGGCCUCCGAGCCGCUCAAGCAGCGACUCCAUUACCUCGCUCGUCCAGAUGGCUCUAAUCUUAAAGAUCUCCUCAUGCUCGGAGGUUCAACCUCGUCAUUUGCCUUCGAAGCCAAACAGACUCAGGUUUUGGAAUCCAUGCGCGAACGCUGGUCUCCAGACCAAUCCCCUCUCGCGCCGCCUGAUACUGCGAUCGUGAAUUGCUCCUCCUGGGACACUGCACCCGUGUUCCGACGAGAUCUCGAUUCCGAGACCGUUCAGGCCUUGAUUCCGGUGGGGAAUCUCGUCUCUUUGGAUGACCUUUGGGGAAUCGUGCUGCUGGCAGAGGCUGCAGGGACAGAGGAAGGUAGGAAUGGUGAAGUGGCUACCUGGAAGUAUCAUCACUUAAUAGUCCUUCCUCAGAAGGACUUGUUGGACCAGUGGACGCUUCUAAGUGGCUGUCAUCAUUAUCAGCCCUUGAAGGUGGCCUCCCCGAUACCAGCACCUCCAUUACCACAACAACACACACUUGCACAACCUGCCAACCUGAACGACGACGAUGAUUCCGAUGAUGACUAUUGGGGUCAAUAUGGAGACCCAGAGGACUCUCCCACUGAGGGGUCCUCGUCCAAGGGGUUUGCGCGAGGCUUCGUAUCGACCGCCGCUGCCGCCAAUGUAGAGGACGACGAUGAUGAUGAGGAGUACUGGGGGAAGUACGCGGAGGAACAAACCCAAUCGGACAAGGGCAAGAAACAGCAGCCGGAGCAUGAUCAUCAUCCUCUGGACCUUCCAGUUUAUGAAGGUCACGAGAGUCAUGGGGGUGGAUCCGAAACCAGACGGAUCUUGGCCUGUGUACCAGAAUCCUCCAAGCCCGCUGUCAUCCCUGCUGCUGUGGCAGAUCCUGGCCAGGUCGAUCCUACGACUCUGACCAUACUUCUUGAGAAACUGGUCACAGAUGGCGACCACGGACAAGACGAGAGUGCUGCUUCCCGAAGCACCCCCGCAGCAGGUCGAGAUAACGAUAUUGUCGAUGGUGGCGCAGAUAACGACAAGAGCUGUGACCACGAGAACGAUGCUGCCCUGCAUCCUCUAGGCUUGCAGGCAAAUGAUGAGAGCCUGCAUUUGUGUGAGAACUUUCAGCGUCCAGGCAUUGUCGAGGAUGACGAUUUCUCUGCGUCUGCGUCUGCUUCGAAUUCUCAGAGCUGGAACUCGAGCGCGAGCACUGGUUCGAGAUCAAGGUCCCAAUCAUUUUCGACAUCGAUCUCCUCGACGUCGUCCCGAGCCACGGUCACGACCGCUGCCCUUAAUGCCGCCAGUACCAGCUUCAUUGAAAAAAAGUCGAACACCAAUGCUAUAGCGAUAACAUCGGGCAUGGUAGCACAAGAACAAAGUUAUCAGUCGCCAUCGUCAUUCGACCACGGAGAUGAUAACCCCAUGUUAUUGAUGUUGUCGUCGUCGUCGCAUUCGCAGUCGCGCCCCCAGUCAACGACCUCCCCCAUGAGUGCCAUCUCAAGCACCGAUUCUGCAUUCUAUGAGACUUGCUUUGAUGAUGAGAAGUCUUUGCUGGUCAGAAAUACUACAACCGCCACGGCCACUGCCACCACUGCGGCAGCAGCAUUGCCAGACGAGAGCGUCCGCCAGUCCCUUCGAUCCGUUGUCAGGAAGGCCUCGGUCUCUGGGAUGUCAAAGGAAGAACUCCUCGAGAUGCUGAACGUCAUCUAUGAGGACGUGGGUAUCCAAGCGUAG